AUUACGAUUGUAUCGAGUUGUUCCCCUUCGCAUAAUUGUUGUCUGUGUCAGUCAACUUUCGUUUUAUUGGAAAGGUAAACAACUUGUUUUAAUGCAUUAAAUGCUUGUUUAGUGCAAAAUAGCAUUUCACUUACAUGGUAAAAUAUGAAUAUAACUCUUUAUGAUCAAUUUCAACCAUAAAAUCUUUCACUUAAAACAAUUUCAAUAUUUUUAAAACACCCCCGUUUUUUGCACAUUCCCGUUUAGACGUUAGGGAUUGGAAGAAUCCCGUAUAACACGUCUAAUAUUUUAGACUAUUAACCACCAGGCCACAAAUUUCACACCGCCAGGCCGCUUGACUGGUAGUCCGCCAACUGCACGCCGCUAGACUAGCCUACCAGACCGCUAACAUACAUAUGAAAUGGAGGAUAUUCUACAUGGGUACUUGGACAGGACAAAGCUCCGCUUGGCGCAUAACGCCACAUGCAUCAGUGGUACGAGCGUACACGAAAAGCGGUGCCGGCUCUAUGGACGUAAAAACCAACGACGGUGGCUCAGGUGUCAUCUAUGCCGGGGACGGUGGUGCGGAAGGACGUUACCUGGACAGAGUCGCACUCUCAUGCCUCGUAAAUUGCAGCCUCGAUCCGGGUUGUCAGGAGAUGCACGUGCUCCGGGAUCCAUAUGUCGGAUAUGUCUGUAAACAAGCUGACUGUCCAUCGGACUGGUCCAGCUAUUCCGGCCGCUGUUAUAGGAUUCUCCCUAAGGCCUCCUGGGAUGGUGGUUUUGCUUCCUGCAAGAACCUUGGUGCACACAUAGCCGUCGUAACAGAGUAUUUACAGAACACCUUCCUACAUGACAUGUGGAUGUCGAGCGCCGAAGGUACGUCGAAUGGUCUUUGGCUGGGCGUCACGGACCACAAAGAAGAAGGCACAUGGCGGUGGGUCACCAAUGAACAGUUAUCAUUCGACAUGUUUGGCAAGAAUGAAAGAAACGGGGGCACGAGGGAAAACUGUGCGGCCAUGAUUGCCGCUGACGGGUUGUGGAUGGACGAACCAUGCAAAAAGACGUACCCUGUCUUGUGCGAAAACAUUCUAUGAGAAAACGAAGGUUCUGUUAUUUGGGUGGGAGUUUUAAGAAUUAAAGACAAUGUUUUUUAGUUUUAGACGUUGAAUUACGUAAUAGUUUAAAGGUAUUGGAAAAACGCAAGUUUAAAUAAACGCUCAUUUGUUAAUAAAUG